CUCUAAGCAAACUCACUGUCUAACAAAGAAUCAAUCUUUAUUGUCCAACCUAACCAGUAACCACCUGUCUCUUCAUGCCUUAGCUUUCAACUGUUCUGUGCCUUUUGUCUUUCUCUCUAUAUAUAUAAGCCUUCUACUUAAUGAGUAUCAUCUUUGAGGGGUCACCAAAUCAUAAAUAUUUCAUUUGUUACUCAUAAGCUUUGACGUUUUCUUUCAAAGCCAUGGGAAGAAGCAUACAUUCUAACACCAUUUGCUUUCAACUAUUACUACUGCUCUAUCUUACUGUUUUUGCUUCUCACUCUGAAGCAAGAAAAUCAAUGGAGCUUCUUAAAGGUUCAAUUAUACAACACAUAAAGAAGUUGACAGUGACAAAGCACUUUGAUUUGGCUUCAUUACUUCUCCAGAAAGAAACUAUGAACCCUUAUGUUAGUUCUCCAUUCUCUCUGCCACCUUAUGAUUCUUUAUCCCCAAUGCCACUUCCUGAAAAUGCCCCUCCUUAUUGCAUUUAUCCCCCUAAUACCCCUCAAUCCCCUUCCACUACAAUUCCAACCCCAUCUGGCUCAUUGCCUUUCACACCCCCAACAUCACCCUAUUCCUAUCUACCUCCUGUUCUCCCCCUCCUAAGCCCACCUCCAAGCCCAAUCCCAAAUCCACCUCAGAUUGUUCCUAGCCCACCAACUCUGGUUCCAGGCCCACCAGAAACAGUACCAAGUCCAUUUGUUUACAUUCCAAGCCCACCGGGGCCCAUUUUAGGCCCACCUUAUUUUGAGCCAAGUCCACCGACUUUUGUUCCGUCUCCUACUGGGUAUGUUCCAAGCCCAUCAAUUUUUCUACCACCGAUAGUGUAUCCACCGCCGACUGCACCGCCACCUCCAACUACUAGCGCACCGCAGGCUCUAUGGUGUGUGGCUAAGCCCUCAGUGCCUGAUCCAAUCAUUCAAGAAGCUAUGAACUAUGCUUGUGGAUCUGGGGCUGACUGUGACUCCAUUCUGCCCAGUGGGUCUUGCUUUGAGCCCAAUACAUUGUUUGCACAUGCUUCCUAUGCUUUUAAUAGCUACUGGCAGAGGACAAAAGUGGCUGGUGGCACUUGCUCCUUUGGAGGAACUGCCAUGCUUGUUACUGUGGAUCCAAGUUAUGAUGGUUGCCAUUUUUUAUACUUGUGAUGAGAAGAAGACAUUAUUCAGCCUUUUGAAGAAUAGACACAAGAGGAACUAGUCUAGAUCUUCUUUCCUUUUUCAUUUUUUCUUCCUUGAGGAUAUAAUAAGAGAGAUAGAUCUAAUUUUAAGUUGCAAAACAUAAGGUCAAUGAAAGAUAGAAUUUUUGCAAGUAAAUAUCUGUAGAUUUUGCAAAGGAUUUUGAAUAUUAAUCCUUUUUCUUUUGUAUGAAUGGAAUGGAAGAUCCCACCCUUCUUUAAAUGUAUAAUCAAAAUUUAUUAUAUCAUAAAUGGGAUAGUUUACCAUCCUUUCAAUUAACAGGAGGAAA